CAUUUCUUCGUUUGCGACAGUCGGUUGUCCAGUUUGACAUAUUUUUCAGCGUUUGAAAGACUUGGAAAAAAAGAAAUAAUGAAAACGGUUUUUUCCGUAGUUGCUUUCUGCUUCGUGUUGGUGACCAUAAACGCAAGAGAAUCUCCCCCCAUGGUGAAGGUGUACAGCCGUAACCCAGGGGAAUAUGGGAAAGACAACACCCUGAUCUGUCACGUGAGUGGCUUCCACCCCCCUGACAUCAGCAUCCAGCUCCUGAAGAACGGUGUGGAGAUCCCCGACGCCAAGCAGACAGACCUGGCCUUCGAACAGGGAUGGCAGUUCCACCUCACCAAGAGUGUUGGAUUCACACCAGCCAGCGGAGAGGAGUACACCUGCAGAGUCCGUCACCUGAAGAAUAUGAAGACCUACACCUGGGAAUCAGAUAUGUAAGGCUUCGGUGUUCAUCGCUGCAGAAGCGCCAAGAGGCGGGGACCCGCCUGAGCGCCUGCAAUAGGCUGAGCAAGUUUAAACCACGCCCAGUCUCUACUGUGAUAGGCCAACAGACGGGUUGGAACUGUCUAUCACAGUAUAAAGAAUACUGUUUUACAUACGUCUUGUCAGUUCUCUGUUCUGCCCUGCGUGGUAUUACAGUGAGCCCGUAUAUACGAAAGUUGCAUUUGCCAUUUAUUACUUAGCUAAUAAAAAAUACAUAGAAUAAAA